AUGUUUCUGACGCGGUCAGAGUACGACCGUGGUGUCAACACGUUUUCCCCAGAGGGGCGUCUCUUCCAGGUAGAGUAUGCACUGGAAGCGAUCAAGCUUGGGUCCACCACUGUAGGCAUCUGCACGAAAGAAGGCGUCGUGCUCGGCGUGGAGAAGCGCGUUCAGUCUUCCCUGCUUGAGAGCAAUUCCAUUGAGAAAAUUAUGGAGAUUGACACGCAUGUUGGCGCGGCGAUGAGUGGCCUUACAGCCGACGCACGGACAAUGAUCGACCAUGCGCGCGUCACCAGCCAGAACCAUAGCUUUGUGUACGAUGAGGAGAUCAAGAUUGAGAGCGCCGCACAGUGCGUUUGCGAUCUUGCGCUUCGCUUUGGCGAGAAUCUGGAGGAGGACGACGCCAUGAUGAGCCGCCCUUUUGGCGUCGCACUUUUGAUCGUCGGCAUUGACGAAAAUGGCCCACAAUUGUACCACGCUGACCCAUCUGGAACCUAUGUACGCUACGAAGCCAAGGCCAUUGGCAGCGGUUCCGAGGGCGCCCAAGGCGAGCUCCAGGAAAAGUACAGCAAAGACCUUUCUCUGCACGACGCAUCGCUACUCACACUCCGCGUGCUUAAGCAGGUCAUGGAAGAGAAACUCGACGAGCACAAUGUACAGCUUGCCGUUGUCACGCCACGCACCGCAAAAGAUGGCCGCCCCUCGGGCAAGUUCGAGAUCCUCGACGAAGCGCGGCUCAAGCCGCUCGUCGACGCCAUGUAG